AUGUCGGACCUCUUGCGGGAUGCUCCUGCCGGUCAGCUACUUCGCUGGAUGACAGGAAAGCGGGUGUUAAAAUAUCCCGAGGAAAGGCACGAUUUUGCCCUUCCUGAUUCCAUUGCAUUACAGUCCGAUUCAACAGGCAGCGAUACAUAUCAUGCAAGUUCCAGUGACCUGGAGCGCUCAGUUCCUCCUGGAAUGCGCGCGCAGGACGAGCUGCAUAUGACUUCCGGUGAAUCUGACGGCGAUUUGGUCGUUGUGGACUGGUAUACCAAGGACGACCCAGCAAACCCUCAGAGUUGGUCGGGAAGCAGGAAGGCGUUGGUCUCAUUCAUUAUCUUCGUCUAUACAUUUAUCGUGUACGCCGGUUCAGCGAUCUACACCUCUUCUGAGGAGGAUGUAAUAUCUGUUUUCGGAGUGUCCAUCACGGUAUCAUCGCUAGGCCUGUCCCUCUACGUCCUUGGUUACGGAGUUGGGCCUCUGUUCUUUUCUCCCCUCUCCGAGAUACCCUCCAUUGGCCGAUCGCCUGUCUAUUGUAUCACAGUGCUUUUGUCUGUGGUUAUCUCGAUUCCUCUUCCCCUGGUGAACAACCUCGCCGGGCUCCUGGUUCUUCGCUUCCUACAGGGGUUUUUCGGCAGCCCUUGCCUUGCAACUGGCGGCGCCACAAUGCAGGAUCUAUACUCACCUCUAUAUCUCCCGUUCGCUCUCAGUGUGUGGGUGACAGCCGCGUAUUGCGGCCCUGCUCUUGGCCCACUGAUCUCCGGGUUUGCGGUCUCCAAAAUGGGUUGGCUAUUCGCGGUAAUGUUCCUGUUACUCCCCGAGACGUCAACCCCAACGUUGCUUUAUCAACGUGCUCGGCGCCUUCGAAAGAUAAUGGGCUCUCAACGUCUCAUGGCCCGCUCUGAGAUCAACCAACGCCAAUUACAACCAGCAGAUAUCGUACUGGAAGCUAUAAUCAAGCCGUUGGAGAUAACGGUCAAGGACCCCGCGGUCCUUUUCGUCCAGUUGUACACGGCAAUCGUUUAUGGAAUCUAUUAUUCUUUCUUCGAGGUGUUCCCUUUAGUAUACCCUAUGUACGGAUUCACACUCGGCACGAUUGGGCUUGUGUUCCUGUGCAUCCUUAUUGCGUGCAUGUUGGGAGUCCUCUUAUAUUUCGCCUACCUUCAUCUGUACCUGUUACCCCACCUUCAAAAGGGCAUAUCGAAGUCACAGGAAAGUCGACUUGUGCCGGCACUUAUCGGUUGCUUUGGACCACCAAUUGGCCUUUUCCUCUUCGGUUGGACUGCCAACGGAAGCAUCCACUGGAUCGUCCCCACUAUCGGCAUCACUAUAUACAGUGGGUCCGCGUUUGUCGUGCUCCAGUGUGUCUUCGUUUACGUUCCUAUGUCGUAUCCGAUGUAUGCAGCGUCCCUGUUCGCGGCUAAUGACUUCUUCCGGUCGGCCAUGGCAUGUGGCUCAAUCCUCUACGCAAGGCCCAUGUUUAGGGACCUAGGCAUAGCUCGCGGCAUAAGCCUGUUAGGUGGGCUCAGCACUCUGGGGAUUAUUGGUAUCUUCCUACUCUACAAGUAUGGUGCUAAGCUCAGAGCAAAAUCGAAGUUUGCCGUAUCAUGA